AUGCAGAACUCAAGCUUCUUUCUGCGGGGCACAGACUUCCUUUUACUCUUCCCUUUGGCACCCUCGCCGCCUCCUCCCGGGGAGAAGCCGAGGCACCCGCGGCUUGGGACAGCCACAGGCCGACGCAGGGAGAGCAAGAGAAAAGUUCCUUUCUGGGAGUGCGGAACUGGGGCCGGGUUGGUGUACUGCCCGGAGCAAUGGGUGAGUGGUGGCGGGGGACGUUGUCAGCACCGGGGAGGGAGGGAGCGAGCAGGCGAGGGCUGGAGGGAGGGAGCCGGGGCGCGCAGACUGCGUCCCAACCAGCACAGACGAGGCUCGGAGGCAGAGGGGGUGCUGUUGGAACCCCCGCUACGGGAUGGAGCGAGGUCUGGCCGCAGCCCGUGUUCUGGGCGGUUUGGCCCCGGCCGGGACGGUCUGGUUUCGGGGGGCAGCCCCAGUCUUCGCGGGAGGGUGUCAGGGCCCUGCCCCCAGACGCUCGCGGGGGGCCGGGUGGCAGGCGGCCGUCCCACGCAGCGGGUGCGCGCUGCCGCGCUCCCCGUGCCCCCUCUUGCAGAGCCAGCCUUCGGAGAGGUGAACCAGCUGGGGGGAGUGUUCGUGAACGGAAGGCCUCUGCCCAACGCCAUCCGGCUCCGCAUCGUGGAGUUGGCCCAGCUGGGCAUCCGACCCUGUGACAUCAGCCGCCAGCUCCGGGUCUCGCACGGCUGCGUCAGUAAGAUCCUGGCGCGCUACAACGAGACCGGCUCGAUUUUGCCCGGGGCGAUCGGGGGCAGUAAGCCCAGGGUCACCACCCCGACCGUGGUGAAACACAUCCGGACUUACAAGCAGAGGGACCCGGGCAUCUUCGCCUGGGAGAUCCGCGACCGCCUGCUGGCGGACGGCGUGUGCGACAAGUACAACGUGCCCUCGGUGAGCUCCAUCAGCCGGAUCCUGCGCAACAAGAUCGGCAACCUGGCUCAGCAGGGCCACUACGACUCCUACAAGCAGCACCAGCCCGCGCCACAGCCCGCGCUGCCCUACAACCACAUCUACUCGUACCCCAGCCCCAUCGCCGCGGCGGCCAAGGUGCCGACGCCCCCCGGGGUGCCCGCGCUCCCCGGCUCGGUGGCCAUGCCGCGCACCUGGCCCUCCUCUCACUCCGUCACCGACAUCCUGGGCAUCCGCUCCAUCACCGACCAAGGCGUGAGCGACAGCUCCCCCUACCACAGCCCCAAGGUGGAGGAGUGGAGCAGCCUGGGCCGCAACAACUUCCCUGCCGCCGCCCCGCACGCAGUGAAUGGACUGGAAAAGGGAGCCUUGGAGCAGGAAGCCAAGUACGGCCAGGCACCAAAUGGCCUCCCAGCUGUGAGCAGUUUUGUAUCAGCGUCCAGCAUGGCUCCUUACCCUACUCCAGCCCAAGUGUCACCCUACAUGACCUACAGUGCGGCUCCUUCUGGUUAUGUUGCUGGACAUGGGUGGCAACAUGCCGGCAGCACCCCACUGUCCCCCCACAACUGCGACAUCCCCGCAUCGCUGGCUUUCAAGGGAAUGCAGGCAGCCAGAGAAGGAAAUCUGGCAUAACUUUAGGAUUUAAAAACAAAAGCAACUCUAAAGAUUGAAUAAGACAUUUGUGUUGUCC